AUGUCGCCUCAUGUAAAACAACUGCCAGGGGAGAACAGAACGGACUUCAAUAAACGUCGAGGAUAUGUUCACCAAGGACGUACAAUAUCGAAGCAGUACGCUGAGCAACAGGCCAAGCGUGACCUCAACCUGGCUCAGAACCGGCAAGCACAGGCUAUUCUUGAGAAGGAGGACACGGCCGCCAAACAGCAAACACGGACGGAGUGCUUUGAGGGGAUCCUGGAGACGCUCAAGAAGGCGAACACCCCGUGGGGUGACUUCCUCGAGUGGAUCUCGACCCCGACCUCCGGCCACCGAGAGGAGCGAUGGCGUGGUUUCUGCAUGAAUGGUAAGCAAGUCGAACGGGUGCUUGAUCUUUGGGCGUACCGGAACACGAAGACCGGGAUGGCAACUGUUGGCAAUUGGGCCGUGAAGCACGUCGGCCGUGAAGCGCGUCUUGAGGCCGACGCACUGACACGGUCUGGCAUCCUUCAAGGCAGCAAGACGGAGGUGACGGAGGAGUUCUUGGAGAAGCUGGACAUGUCGGACUUCCUUGAAGGUGUGCGGGAGAAAUGCCCGAUGAUGGCCGCUGUAAUGCGCGAAUUCAGCACUACCCCGCGUCAGCGCAGACAGAACGCGCGAGACGACGCCGAAGGGAAAGACCGGUCAGCGCGUGACAAACGGAAGGCAAUACGUAUCGGAAUGGCACUUAUUGACCUGUUGGGCGAGCGAAGUCAGAACAAUAGUCUACUCAAGCAUAUCAUUGGCUUGUAUCUCUUCGCAUCUGGAGCCUCACGCCAAACUAUCACCGUCCUUGCGUCACUCGGCAUCUGCAGCAGCUACGCCGCGAUAGCCGGGAGCAGCAAGACUGGGACAGAUGCUCCUCCCAAAGCCGCAGCAAAUGGCAAGGACAAAAGGCUGGAUGAAGACAGCGAGGAUGACCCCGACCUCCGCGCGCGGGUCCCAAGCGAUCAAGCGCCCGUCGCCGCCUCGCCCAAGCUCCCACCCGGGGCAGGUCUCCUUCGCCGACUUUCCGAAACUGCUCGUCAUGCUGCCCGCUUUAUUGCUCGCUCCACCCCCUUCGGUGCCGUCUAUGACAACAUAAAUAUGGUAUUCAAAGUCCAGGAGCAAAUCGUCGGUCGCAAGGACGCUCAAGAGAAUGGGACCUGCGCCACCAUCUUCCCUCUCUUCAAUGCCUCACCGACGGACAUGAAGGCCUCCGAUCUCCUCAGCUCUAUCCACACCGCCCCACCUCUUAACUUCAGUCAGGUGAUGCUUUCUCCAACAGAACUGACCUCACUCCGGAACUCUCUAGUACACACGGUCCUUCGAGAGCUCGUCAAUAACUGCGAGUGUUUCUCCAAGUUCCGCUCAAGGGUUCUCAACAGUAAUCCAGAGACCGACGACCAGAUUCCUCUGCAUAAGACGAAGCCCUACACUCUUCCAGCGAUGAACAUUGACGAGAGCAGCAUCAUCGGCAACGCAGAAGUCCUCGAUGCCAUCAUGAAAGAGCUCGGGAUUGACUCCGACUCCGACUCGUUUCCGACCCUUGUCCAGCUCUUCUUCGGUGACCAACUCUCUGUCGCUCGGGCACGCACCAUCCUGGCCAACCGCGGCGGCCAUGAGAGGCUCGCCCAGUCAUACGGGUAUGCAGUUUUUUGCCCCGGGCUGUUCCAUUACCAGAUGGCGCUGGUCAAUGGCAUCAUGGAGACCCAUUUUGGCGAGACGGAGGGAGCCGGCUCUCGCAACCCCACCUCGCUCUCGUUCUUCAACACCAUUCUCAAUCGUAAACCCAUCAUCCCCACAUCCCUCCCUCCGUAUCGCACCUGCCGCGACCUCGUUUUUGUGUCGCUCACCGCAUGUGUACUCACCUGCUUCAAACUCGUCUCAGGAUGCAACUCGCUUGAAGAAUAUGCAUCGCAAAACACGGUUGACGAACUGCGAGACGACCGUGCGGCCGAGGUUGCGGCUCGACUGGCAGCACACAAGGAGGCCGUCCGCAACGGGGAGAAGCACGAGGACAACUUGGGGUAUGAUGUCUAUGCCGACGCGCUGAAGCAGGGCGACCUGCUGUAUGAGAACGCGUGUCUCUUCCUCCGUGACGCGCUGAUAGCGCGUGAAUUCACCGACGCGAUCAAGGGUGGAUACUCCGGGCGCAUUGUCCGCGUCCUGAAGCACCUCGCGCUUGCGUUCCGUGGGUGUGGUCGGACAAAGUACGCCUACGAGCUUCUCCACUUCAUACACUCACUAGAGGUUGUGUGGCCAAAGCCGUUGCGCAAUAUCAUACUCAAGAAUUGGCUCGUCAAUCCGACAGGCAAGGAGAACGCCUGGGUCCCGGUCGACCUGAUGCAAGAGCACAUGAACUUCUGGACCAAGAUUGUAUUCAAGGCACAAGGAAGCAACGUGUCGUGGGAUUGGCUGUCAAUGAUCACACCCUGCAUCACUCUCUUCCGCCAGCUCAUCUUGCAAAUCAACUCGCAGCAAGGUGCACGGCUCGGAAUAAAGCACCACACACCAUCUAUCGAACGCGACCUUGCCUGCUUGCAAGAUUCAAUGCACGCGCACGAGAUAUUCAGUCACACCCCUGGGCGAUACCUCCACGGACUCAAGAAGCCACUCGUCCCCGAUGUAGUUACGACCGGCACGCUCGCGCUCAACAAACCUCUCACGGAAUAUAACACGACCUUCACACAGCUUCAAGAACAGUUCCGUCAUGGUGCAGUUGAGGACAUGAGGCCAGACAUGCCGAUCUUGGUACGUGCUCGCGUGAACCCUGUCGGCAUUGGUCUCGCAUUCUCACGCAGCACGCAGGGUUCCUCUGACGACGAAGAGUACUUCAAUGACAGCGACGGGGAGUUCGAAUCCGCUGCCGUCGCCGCUGCUGCAGCAUUCGAUGAUGCGAGCCUGGCAGACUCAGAGGGGUCGCACUCCGAGCCCGAAGAAGACGUCUUUGGUGCAGACCAAGAGACCAUGUUCGACGAGGAGGAGGAGCCUUCUUUGGACAUCGAAGACUACUACUAG